AUUAUGUGCCUGGGAAAGCAGAAGAAUCCCUGCACCCAGAUGUGAGGCCCAGAUAAAGCUCCUGGCUCCUAGCUUCAGCCUGGCUCAGCCUGGCUCAGCCCUGGCCAUUGAGGCUAUUUGGGAAGUAAACCAGUGAGUGACAGAUUUCUUUGUAAAAGAUAUAAAGGUGCUUGCCGGGAAACAAUGACAGGUUGUAGCUCUUAUCUUUUAUCAAGAGUGUCAAUACACUGUUAGAGUCUUCCUGCUAUAAGCUAAAGCAUAUUAACCAAAGACAGGACCAGUACCUUGCUGGAAACAACCAUACCAGGUCCUCUUCACUGGAAUACAUUCAUAGAACUGCUCUUCUCAGCAUAAGCUGACACUGCAACCCCAAGCAAACAGCGAGAGAGUGAACCACAGGACUGAAUCAAAUUUUCCAGGACUCUUAAUCCAGAAGUGAAUGAACAUAGAUGUACAUUGAAGAUCCAAGUUUUGAAAGCCAAGAAGAAAUUGCAGCCUAGUGAAGAAACAUUCACUCAGCAGGCUUGAGUGACUUCUCUUCAGUCUCCACAGCCAACGGGAAGGCCAGAGUACGAGCCUCGGAUUGUCUCAACACUGAGCCUGAAGUCAAUGCCACUCAGCGCAGAUCUGAUUGCAUCAAGGGAUUAUCCUUCCUAUCCUAUGGGUGACAAGAGGUGUAAACAGAGUUUUCAAGAUCAACGCCCACAAAGUGUCAAAAGUCUUCACCCAAAUGUGAUAUCUCAUGUUGGCAAAAGAGUAAGCAAAAGGAAGUCUCAUGUUAUGAAAAAUAUGUGUGUCACCCGCCAACCUUGUUUCAUUGAUUUCAUCCCUCCAUUCAUCAACACAAUGCACACUUGAACCUAAUCCUUAACUGCUUUAAACCUGGAAAGGGAAUGAGAAUUGGCCUCUGUUCAAAGUGCUUACUAUCUAACAAGUUAUAAAGAAGACAGCCCGUGCUCAAGUUUCGUCACUGUCCGAAGAAACGGCUAGUCGGCCGUUGACACUGUCAAUCUGCUUCCUAGAAGAAAACAGGAGUCCUGAGCCGGACGGACUUUGAUCUGCGAGUCUGGACUUAAUUAUUUAGGAAAGAAUCGGCGUGGCGCCCUGCAGCGGACGCUCACGAAACGCUGAGGGGGAGAGGGAGAAGGGAGCGGAACGGAACCCAGCUGCGCACGCGCACUUCCAUUGUCAACCUGCGUAAAGCUCCUCCGGGUCGUAGACCUUACGACGCUGUUACGUAGAAGACGUAAGGAAGGUGGCGAGCGCUGAACGCUGGCGCCGCGGUCACGUGAUGCGGCGGGAGGGCCGUUGGCUCCUCCUUCUGCAAGAUGGCGUCCUUGCUGCAGUCGGAGCGAGUUCUCUACCUAGUCCAAGGGGAAAAGAAGGUUCGGGCCCCGCUCUCGCAGCUCUACUUCUGCCGCUACUGUAGCGAGCUGCGGUCGCUGGAAUGUGUGUCUCACGAGGUGGACUCUCAUUAUUGUCCCAGUUGCUUAGAAAAUAUGCCGUCGGCUGAAGCCAAACUGAAAAAGAACAGGUGUGCCAACUGCUUUGACUGUCCUGGAUGUAUGCACACUCUUUCCACUCGGGCAACAAGCAUCUCCACACAGCUUCCCGAUGACCCAGCCAAGACCACCAUGAAGAAGGCCUAUUACCUGGCCUGUGGAUUUUGUCGCUGGACAUCUCGAGAUGUGGGCAUGGCAGACAAAUCUGUAGCUAGCGGUGGUUGGCAGGAACCUGAAAAUCCACACACACAGCGGAUGAACAAAUUGAUUGAAUAUUACCAGCAGCUUGCUCAGAAAGAGAAGGUUGAACGUGAUCGCAAGAAACUUGCACGACGUAGGAACUAUAUGCCUCUGGCUUUUUCGCAACACACUAUUCAUGUAGUGGAUAAAUACGGUCUUGGGACCAGGCUUCAGCGACCACGAGCUGGCGCAACCAUCAGUACCCUUGCUGGACUUUCCUUGAAAGAAGGAGAGGACCAGAAAGAGAUCAAGAUUGAGCCGGCUCAGGCUGUAGACGAAGUAGAACCUCUGCCCGAAGACUAUUACACAAGACCAGUAAACCUGACGGAGGUGACCACCCUUCAGCAGCGCCUCUUACAGCCGGACUUCCAGCCAGUGUGUGCUUCACAGCUCUAUCCUCGCCACAAGCAUCUUCUGAUCAAGCGCUCCCUGCGCUGCCGGAAAUGUGAACAUAAUUUGAGCAAGCCAGAAUUUAAUCCAACAUCUAUCAAAUUCAAAAUCCAAUUGGUUGCUGUCAAUUAUAUUCCGGAGGUGAGAAUCAUGUCAAUCCCCAACCUUCGCUACAUGAAGGAGAGCCAGGUCCUCCUGACCUUAACGAAUCCAGUGGAGAACCUCACCCAUGUGACUCUGUUGGAGUGCGAGGAAGGGGACCCUGAUGAUAUUAACAGCACUGCUAAGGUGGUGGUGCCUCCCAAAGAGCUUGUUCUGGCUGGCAAGGACGCAGCCGCAGAGUAUGAUGAGUUGGCAGAACCUCAGGACUUCCAGGAUGAUCCAGACAUUAUAGCCUUCAGAAAGGCCAACAAAGUGGGUAUUUUCAUCAAAGUUACCCCACAACGUGAGGAAGGUGAAGUGACCGUAUGCUUCAAAAUGAAACAUGAUUUUAAGAACCUGGCAGCUCCCAUCCGUCCCAUCGAAGAAAGUGACCAGGGCACAGAAGUCAUCUGGCUCACCCAGCAUGUGGAACUCAGCUUGGGCCCACUUCUUCCUUAAAAAUUUCUAGGGGCGGACAGAUAGCUAAGACAGUGACAUCACUAACCCACGCUAAGAUGUGGAAGCUGCUGCUUCAUAGGCCUUGUUUAUAACCACGUCCCCGUGCACUACUCAAUCCUUUCCCUAGCACAAUGGGAGCAGUGGCCAGGCGUUAAGAGCACAGAUGACUGUCAAGCCUCUUGUCUCUGUCCACCACUGAGCCCUGCAUGUUGAACAACAGCAACAUAGUUCCAUCCCACUAUGCGGGCUGUUACUCAGAGUGGCAUGAGAUUUGUCACCUUGGAAACUGACCAUGUCCUCUGUCGAUGUGAUCUCACUAAGGAUCAGAGUGGCAAAUGACAUGAAAGAUAACCAGAAGGUGGAGUGCCUGUUAGUGAUCCAGCAUUGGUCUCAGCAUACCAGCUGCCACCUGUGUCCCAUUAGCAGGGCCUAACUACCUACAGCGUGCCCGGCCCUUGGGGCUCCCCUUGUGCCAGUUAACAAAAAAGUAAUGUAAUGCUGUCACCUUGUCUUCACUUUAGUGCUGAUUGGAAAAGCCUAUGUAAUUCUUAAGGCAGUUUGAUUUGCCUUCUCACUGAAUACAGAACACUUAGCAGUUUUUUGGUAUAAUGCAGAACUUUUGGGAUGGAGUUGGGAAGCAACUAAUUGCAUGUCAUGUCAGAGGGGAAGCAGAUUCCAUUCAUUUUAAAUAUUACCACACAAUCUGAGGAUGGGUGCAAUCCCAGGGUCUUUGUCUUACUCCCUGGCCCAUCUCCGCUCUGCCUCUUUAACUCAGUAAGUUUUUCUGAGAAUUUGGAACCGUGAGGAGCCCAGAGAAAAAUCUCCAUGGACAAGUUGCUUGUGGGAACAUUUGAAUGAUAGAAUUUUUUUUAGCAUGAUCUGAACUAACGUUCUUUCCGUUGAUUUGAAGGGGAAAGUGACAGUAUCUUGACUCCAAAACUGGGUGUUAGGAGAGCUUUUCCCUAGUGAGUUUCAGACUUUAAUCAUAUGACAUACAUAUAGUAUGUCAAAUAAGAGCAUUUUGAUUGUAAACCAUAAGAUAGUUGAGCAAGUAGUCCAGAAGCCUAGCCUAACAGCAGAUGCUGUUUUCCCUUAGAAUCUUGGAGCUGGUUUGCUAACUUUAAUUUCUGUGAUAUUUCCUAAAAUGGACUUGACAAAGUAGACUGCAGUUGCCAGUAGACUGUCAAGGAAAAGGAAAUUUCUGGUUUACCCUGAUUUCAUUUUUAAUUCUUUAAAGAAAUUAAAAUUAGGCAUAUUGCAAUAUGAAACUAAGAUAAUUCUCAGCUCCCCUUGAAAGAUGAAAGUAUUUAGGAAGCUUUUCAAAGACACUAAAGUGUACUCUUUAAUAAAGUCAAGGCAACUUUAUUAAGCAGUAUUCCCACAGAAUAAUAUACAUGCUGCAGUGUAAGAAAAAAAAAAACACUCAUCUCAAUUAAUAUUAGAGUCACACUAAAUACAUUUGGCCUCCUAGGAGGCAAGGCAGGGGAGUGGGUAAUUACAAGUUUACAGGCUACAGAAACAGCUGAAUUUUGUAUAACUUGCAUAGUGUGGAAUUAGUUUUGUAUCACUGUCUGUUAAAGCCUGCGUUGAAACCACUGGUUGGUGUUUGCCAGGGGAGGAAAUGGGCAUCAAGGGGAGAGCAGCUUUCCAGGUGCAUGUGUUUGCUAGGCUGCACAGCUCAAUGGUGUGUCUUUAUGGUCAGUGGACAUUACCAUAGAUCCCCAAAGUAAUAAUAUUUAAGUAACAGAUCUCAUCAUUGCCAUGUGACACCACACAAACACUUUUCCAUGCAGAGGUCAGAUUAACUUGGAGAAUAACACAUUGGUUUAAUGUUUCCUCAAGGUGUGUUUUAAUGCAGGCUGGAAAUUCUGUUUGUAGAAAUGUUCCAGUACUUGCAGCUGGUGAAUUAGGAAUUUGUUGCUUUUUUUGUAUUAGAUUGGGUGCAAGCUUUGUGAUGCUUGUCCCACAUGGAACAGUUAGAGGUCUUCAGCUCUUGAAAGUACAGUUUGGGAAAUGAAAAAGCUAAGUUCAUCUGGAUUUGUGAUUCACCCAAUAUUUUGUUUAAAGUGUUCUUAGGCAUCUUGAGCUCUGUGUCACCCUUGUUUGUUUAGAAUCCUUGCUGGGUCCCUCUGGGAAUGAGAGGCUCUCCCUAUCUUAUGAAUGACAGGUUACUGUUUUGCCUUAUCGCUUAACUUAAUGUAGUGAAAUAAAGCAGACGAAGUA